AAAAAAAAUUGGAUCAUUGCAGUCCGGUUUAAUUUUACAACCGCGAUACUCGGGACUGGAACAGAAUAGUCUUUUAAUGCGAUGAGUGAAUGGCCAGCAAUUUGCUGUGGAGUUUGUCGUAUCUGUUGUUUCACGGUGUACCAGAAAUGCUGCUGUAUCAAAGAACCUCCUGCAAUACCUGUAUAUGAUUUGUUAUGCCUAGGAAUAACAAAUGCUGGAAAAACUACUUUACUGAGUGUCCUUACAUCAGAAAACAUUGAUGCAAUUGUACCCACUGUCGGUUUCAUCAUCAAAGACAUCAGACUGCCAAAUGCUGUGUUGAAAGUUAAAGAACUUGGAGGUGCGGUUUCAAUCAGACAGUACUGGCAUAGAUACUUUAAUGAUAUUCAAGGUGUUAUAUUUGUUGUUGAUGGUUCCUGCACACAAGAUGAACUUCACGAGACAACAGAUGCAUUAUAUAAAGCAAUACAAAAUCCGGAACUCUCAACUAAACCUUGGCUAAUCCUUUGCAAUAAACAAGAUCUGGAGGGUGCAUGUACAGAGGAGAGAGCUGUAGAAGAAAUGAAUCUUACUGAAAUGUUGAAAGAAAAACCAAAUAUCAUUGUCAAGUCCUGUUCAAAGACUAAUCCGGAUGGAUUGAGAUCCAUUAUUGAAAGAUUUGGGAACCGACUGAAUGAGAUUUAUAACCCAGAAAGGAGGGAAACUUUCGAUGCUGUGUGACAAGCACUGGAGACCCAAAUUUAUUAUUGCAAGUAGCACAAAUCGCUUAAUAACUCGAGAAAAAGGGUUUUUGCGGUUUUGGAGACAAUACUGUAUAACCAGCUGAUUGAUUUCAUAUAACAACCCCAUUUUUGGUCUAUAUCUUCUUGCAUGAUAAAGUAUCAUGACCAAUUGCUGUCGUAAUUUUACAGAAAAUAGUACAUAGAUCAGCUUACACUGUGCAUGUAUCUCAUUUUAGUUUUAUUACCUAUUUUUUCACAAGAGAACAAAAAUAUCUAUAAAUAUACAGGACUUAUGACAAAUCA